AUGGAGCGAUACACUCCCCAAGAACGCGGAAUAAUCGUGUCUAUUUUUUUGUGUAACAAUUCGUCUGUGGUGUUGGCGCAGCGCGAAUUCCGUCGCCGAUUCCCCGGUCGUCCGGCACCGACUGCGCAAACACUGCGCCGUUUGGCCACCAACCUUGAAGAGUAUGGAACCACACGAGACGUUGCCAAGAGUGGCCGGCCCCGGAGCCCCCGUUCUGCCGAGAAUAUCGCCGCUGUUGCCGAGGAUGUCGAGUUGUCGCCAGAAACAUCGACCAGACGCCGUGCCUCGCAAUUAGCCAUCAGUGAUCCCUAA